UCCCCCUGCUCGGCAGAACGCAGGAAGAAGCUGAGCCCAUUGAGAAACCCGAGAGUGGUGGAGGAGUGAGGUGGCAGUUUCUCAUGCGUUGCUGAUUUUCUGACAGACCAUAAAUCAACUUGCUUGGACUGCAAAAAAAAAAAAAAAGCAAAAGGGACCGUUUUGAAGGGGAAUACUACGAAGAAAAAAAAAAAAACUUCCCACCUUUUGUUUUUCUAUACAGCGAACUAUUCUCGUUCUCAAGAAAACGUCUGAGGUGAGCAGGAAAUGAGACUUGCGAGGCGGGGAUCUACAGAUGCAGGCCCACCACAGCCAUCACAUGACGUGGAUUUCCGCUCGACACAUUGUGCUCUCGGCUACACAGCGGGUGCAGAGCCACACAAUCAUCCCAAGAGCUGCUUGCAAGCAGGACGCGAUGAGAACCAGUCUACCAUGCAGACCGCUAUGAAUUUCAAUGGACUUCAGCGCCAGGGCAGCCAGGAGAACUCCAAUCUGGACAACACUCUGAGGAAGAAAUGCUCCCUCUGGUACCGACGCUCACUGAGGGGACAGAGCGACAGACAGCGGCACAACACGGGCUCUCUGCCCACCGUCUGCAAGUCAAAACAAACCCGCUCACUGGUCGACUACUCUGACCCACAAAGGACCACAAUUGUGCUGGAAAAACAAGACAACGAAACAUUUGGUUUUGAAAUUCAGACCUACGGCCUGCAGCUGAAGGAGAGCUCUGCAGUGGAGAUGUGCACGUUCGUGCGCAAAGUGCUGGAGGACAGCCCAGCUGAGAAUGCGGGCCUGACCACAGGAGAUAUAAUCGUCACCAUCAACAAGGUCAGCAUCGAAGGAUCAUCUCAUCAGCACAUACUAGAACUCAUAAGAGACUCAACCAGCAGUCUGACAAUGGAGACCGUGUGUGGGAAUAUAUUGAAGCAGAUCGAGCUGGAGAAGAAGGUGUACCUGCUCAAGCAAACACUGCGUGAGAAAUUGGCGGAGCUGCAGGCCCUCACGGUACAAGAAAGACGCUUAGUGCGAGGUAACUUGAACGACAUGGCGGGGGUCCCCCCGGCGGCUCGGAGCCCCCCGACGGGCCGCUGCGGCCGGCGCUUCUCCAGCGACUGCAGCUCCAGGAGCAACGCGACGGAGGACAGCGUGUUCGGGGACGCGUGCUCCCCCAGCCCCCGCAGCGCAGUCAGCACCACGGAGGACGACGACGAGGACGACGACGACGACGGCUGCUUCUUCUCCUACAGAGAUUUCCCGUCGCACCACCACCACGGCUCCCGGAGGUUUUCCACCAGCUCGGGCCGACACCUGCGGUCCUCCGGCCGCAGCAGCAGCAGCGGCGGCGGCGGCUCCAGUCUGGCCGGCAGCAGCGGCUCCCUGUGCGGGUCCCCGUCCUGGGAGGAGGCGAGGGCGUCCUCCCUGUUCGGCACCCUGCCCCGCAAGAGCCGCAGGGGCAGCGUUCGCAAGCACAUCCUCAAGUUGAUCCCUGGACUCCAGCGGUCGGUGGAGGAGGAGGAGACGGGGACAAUCGCUCAGUGACCCCCCCCCCCCCCCCCACACACACACACACCGGUGGUCACGUGACCCGAGUGUCUCGCUUAACGUCAAACAGGGGGCUCUGGGGGCUCUCGCUGCAAUGACGUGCUUCAUGAAGCCACGCUUAAAGGUCGGGUUAGAUCUUUGUGGAAAGAAACGUCGUGUUCACUUUCGUGGGGACACGAGAGGGGACAAGACAUGUUGAGGCUUUUGAGGCUUUUUGUCGGUGUUCACGUUUACUCAAAAGGGUUCUGGGGCCCUUGAAGGUGAGCCACGCUCAGUGGCUCAGACCUGUGGUGGCACAAAAGCAUUAUGGAAUAUUCUUUGGUUUUAAUGAAUAUAUAUAUGCACACAAGAUUAUAAUGUGAAUCAAGGAGACUAUGAAUCCUACAGUUUGAGUGAAAACGGCAUUAAUCACAAUGAACACCAUGGAUUUCAAGGUGACGGCAAUGGAGUUUUUCGGGCCAGGUAGACGUUUAAAAAGGUUUUCUUCCUGUGCCACUCAGGUGCAGAAAACCUCCAAACCACCUGCGCAUUAUAGAUAUCUGCGCAGCUCAAAACAGGAUGUGGGCACAAGGGGGGCUACUUACUGUUUUCAUUUUCAACAGUAUUUUAGGCUUCGUGGGUGGUUUGUGCACUGAAACCGUUUCCCUGUGAAUGUAAAUAAAUGUCUAAGAUUUGCUUUAAACUUUUUACAGAUUGUCAUGCUUUAUUUUUUGGUAUCAAAUCAAAAAAAUAUGUAUGCAAAACAGAAAAAAAAAUAAACUUGAAGUCCUUAA